GUUUAGUUGUCAAACCACACAGAAAACAAAACGUAAUGUUUUAGAAUAUCGGGAAACGUGUUUGAAUUCAGUUCAUUUUUAUUAUUGCUGAUCAAAAAGCAUGUAGUUUAUGAAAUUAACGCUUGUGUUGCGCUCAGCACCCAGUUUUCCGGGGUCGUACAAUACCAACAGAUUCCGGCACUACAUUCGUAACAUGGCGUGCACGGAACUGCAUCCACCUACAACAGUACGGGGAAUGACUGUUCUUGAUAGAGAUGCAUUUAUUAAACAUGUUCGCGUUCCAGUUCUAAAGGUUCCAGAAAAUUUAGAUUUUAAUCUGAUUUGUACUCAAGUGAAAACACUUCUUCUUAAAAUGGAACGCAAUAAACCUGUUAAAGCGGAUAAACGGGAAAUAAUGCUACAUCCAUCUGUUGUCCAAAGUUGGUCCGAUGUUCGUCUAGAAGAUAAAGGUCUUGAAGAAGAAAACCUGCUGUGGCAGACAAUUCUUCUGAAGUACGAAAACUGGAAGUAUAACGAAAUACUAAAAGCAGUCUUGCCGGACGAAGAUUCAUUAUCUGCUUUUUCCAAGAUUGGCCACAUAAUACACCUGAACUUGAAAGAUCAUUUGCUUCCUUAUAAAACUCUCAUUGGUGAGGUUUUAAUGGACAAAAUUCCAGCUUGUAGAACAGUUGUAAACAAACUAAACACAAUCGAUAACACAUAUCGUAACUUCCAAAUGGAUUUAUUGGCGGGAGAAGAGAACUAUCAAGUCUCUGUUAAAGAAAACGGCGUUACUUUUGAAUUCGAUUUUUCCAAGGUUUAUUGGAAUCCCAGACUUGCUACAGAACAUGAAAAAAUCGUAAAAAUGCUAAACAAGGACGACAUUUUGCUAGAUGUCUAUGCCGGAGUGGGACCGUUUAGUGUGCCUGCUGCUAGAAAGGGUUGUAUUGUAUUGGCAAACGAUUUAAACCCUGACUCUUACAAAUCGUUAUUGGGAAACUGCUUGAAAAAUAAGGUUAAUUCAAGAACUACCUGUUUCAACAAAAAUGGAAUCGAUUUCAUUCGAGAAGAAAUACGAGCUGAGAUAUUAACUAAAAACCAGGAUAAUUGCUUCAAUGGAGAUAUUCACAUAACGAUGAAUCUACCUGCAUUAGCAGUUGAACACUUAUCUUACUAUGUUGGACUUCUUAAAGGAGAAUCUCUUAAAUUGACCAAAUAUCCUUUAGUGCACGUAUACUGUUUUGCCAAAGGAGCAGUUGAUCACGAAGGGAUUGCACAGGGCAUGGUGGAACAAAAUAUUGGCUUGGCGCUCAGUACCAAUUUAAAAGAAAUUGCUUUUGUACGGAAUGUUGCCCCUAACAAAAAUUUGAUGCGAAUAAGUUUCUACCUCACAGAGGAAAUUUUAUUUUCAAACAGUGCAGAUCUUAAAAGAUCUGCCGAUGUCAGUUUUGAUUCACUAAACAAACGACUACGUGUAAAUAAUGGGGAAAAAGAACGUGAAGAACCGCAACCAGCAGAAGCAGAUUGCCAAAAAAGCUAAAAACAUAUUUGCUGUAUCACAAAGCAAGAAAAACAAUACAAAAAAAGCAAAAGAGGUCUCAGUGAAGUUAAAAAAGAUAAAUGUACAGACAAAACGAGAGAAGGCCGAUAAGUCCUUUCAAGAUCUGCACGCUCAAAUUGUAUCGAAAAAACAGAAGAAAAAACCAGCUGCCAAAGUACCUGUAUAUAAAAACAAGGCCCAGACGAAUACGAAUCAAGUUGAAGCUGGUUUAGAUAAAAUGCAAAUGUAACUUACAUUUCAGCACUUAAAUUUAAA